CUUGUACUAUACGCGUGCCAGUCGUCGAUAAAUAGCCUUCGGAGUGUUACGUUUAUUGUUAUAACUAUUUAUUAUAUUUUAUCGAAUGACGACGAUAUUGGAAAUGACCAGCCGCCAGAACCUCUAUCCAACGAUAGCGUCUUCUAAUGACGACCACGAUGCCGAAUCGAAAACUUGCGGAAAGAUCCUGGUGGUCCUAUCAUGGAUUCUAGUCAUUGUGACGAUGCCUUUCUCACUUUUUAUUUGUUUCAAGGUUGUUCAAGAGUACGAAAGAGCUGUAAUUUUUCGUUUAGGCCGUCUGCUUACUGGAGGUGCUAAGGGCCCAGGAAUAUUCUUUAUAUUACCAUGUAUUGAUUCUUACGCAAGAGUCGACCUGCGCACGAGGACGUAUGACGUACCACCUCAGGAGGUCCUAACCAAGGACUCCGUGACUGUGUCAGUGGACGCUGUUGUGUACUACCGUGUACACAACGCCACUAUUUCCAUCGCUAAUGUGGAGAACGCUCACCACUCCACCCGACUCUUGGCCCAAACUACUCUGCGCAAUACUAUGGGAACCCGCCCCUUGCACGAGAUUCUCAGCGAACGAGAAACCAUUUCUGGCAACAUGCAGCUGUCUUUGGAUGAAGCGACCGAGGCCUGGGGUAUCAAGGUGGAGCGAGUUGAAAUCAAGGACGUUCGCCUGCCCGUGCAACUGCAACGUGCCAUGGCUGCAGAGGCUGAGGCAGCUCGGGAGGCUCGUGCCAAAGUUAUUGCAGCUGAGGGUGAGCAGAAGGCAUCAAGGGCGCUACGCGAAGCCUCCGAGGUCAUUGGCGACAGUCCUGCUGCACUUCAACUGCGUUACUUGCAGACUCUGAAUACAAUCUCAGCUGAGAAGAAUUCAACAAUUGUAUUCCCGCUGCCAAUUGAUCUCCUCACAUACUUUAUAAAAGCCAAGGAAGAAUCUUAAACGACGACAUGGCCAAGAAAUGAUGAUGACACAUGAAUAAUGAAUUAAUUAUAUCAUAACUGAUUGCAGAUAAUUCUCUAUCAGAAUUACUUAAAACUAAUCGAAAAUAGAUGUAAUCACUUAUAUAAUAACACAAAAAAUUGUGUUGCAAAUCAUCAAAGGAUGACAAAAUAAAAUACAAAAAAAAAUCUAGUCAAAAUAUCUAUUUACUAUUAUGCACUUAAAGAUAUAUUUGUCGUUGAAAUAUGCUUAAAAAUAUAUUAAGAAGUUGAAUAUUACAAAGUUUAAAGUUGCAACGUUAAUAUAAGAAAAUCUAUAUUGUAGUGACUUUGUGCAAAUUAUAUUUGAGUAGAAAAUAUAUAUUUACAUAUCAACUAGUAAUCUAAAUGUUGUUAAACUUAGAAACAUAGGCGCUUGAUAUAUUGAUAAUAACAUUGAUAAUUAUUGUAUACUUUUUAAAAUUUUAUCCUUAUUACGUGUCGUUAUAGCAAGAUAGUGCACUAUGCGAGGUUUAAAUUACUAUUUAGAUACCUAUUUACAUGUUUUGAUGUUUAAUUGAUAACACGUAUGUACUGAAUGUUUAGCAUUUCUGUCUAUAUAACCGUAGCUCCAAAUUCGUCUACUUAUGUAAUGCGAUCUAAGAAGCUUAGUAGUAGAGAUGGUACUCAAUCUAAACAUACUAAUUGUCUAUUUAUUAUUCGAUAAAUUGUUAAGUAAUUAUUAUUGAUGACGUAAAAAUAAUAAAAAAAAAGUUAAUUUCGAAUAUUAGGUAUAUUCGCAGAUGUUUGUAAUAGAAAUAGAUUGUGGAUUUUAAUAUCAUAGACUAUUUAUUUAUUAUAAUUGUAAUAAGUAUCUAUUAUACAAUUAUAUGCAUUUUAAUAGUAGGUAGGUAUUCAUAAUUAUUAAGAAUAGUUGAAAUACAUUAUUUUAGUUGUUACAUCAGUGGUUUGAGCCCACCACUGCUUGUAAACACUAAGUU